UCUGCUUUCUUUUAAUAAUUAUAAUAAUAACGAUACUACUAUGCAUAUUUCUUCAUUUUAAGUGGAUUCUCUCCAAACGUCCCUUUCUUCUCCGUCACAGCUUUUUUUAAUUUUUUAUUUUUCUCCCACUGAUUCCAAAGUGUAUUUACUACUACAAGGUGAAGGGAAUCCCAUAACAGACAAAACCCAUUACGCCAAGCAAACCCAUUUUACUUGGCCUUAUCAUCUUUCGCCCUUUUUCUCUUUCUAUCUCCUCCUUCUCUAGAGUGAGGGCGACAGAGAGAGAAAGAAAACAGAUUUGUUGUCCUGAUACAACCUUAAAUCUGAGUACCCUUUUGCGAAUGAAGGGAAAGGGUGAUUUUUGUUAAGAGUGUCUUGAUUGCAGUAUAUAGAUAUAAAGUAUAGAGAGAAAGAGAGAGAGAGAGCUAGUGGGACGAUUGGAACCAAGAUCAUAACACCCUUUUGGGGGGAAAAAAAGAAAGAGUUUUGACUUUUUAGUAAUUUUCUUUUGCGGGAUAAAUAUGGUCGGUAUUUUCUCUAGGUUUUCUACCAACAGAAGUGGUCAUAGGCGCAGCCAGAGUGCGAUUAAUGUGAGGGAAGCAUCGCCCCCAAAUUCAGAGAUCACUAGUGCAACACCAGCUGCUGCUGCUGCUUCUUCUCAUGGGAUUGAAGUAGCAGUGGAGUUUAAGCCAGUUGAACACCCAACUGAGCCGCUUGAUAAUGAUAGACCAGUUCAGUGCCCAUUACCUGAACCUUCAAUUCUUAAUGAUGGAAGAAUAUGGAAGCAGCGGGUAUCUGCAAAUGUACGAAGGAGAAGUGAUUUAUCAGUGAUGAAAGAAGGAGAGUCACUUGAACCUGAAGGUCAUGAGAUGAAAACCCGACCAACACAAACCAACCGCAUGAUUCUACCAUCUCUCAGUGCUCCUGAACAUAAUCUCUUAAACCUACUGGAAGAAUGUAAUGCAUCUGGGACCUAAGUAUCCCAUACGUUGUUUCUUUAUCGGAAAAAGAAAAAUAUGGGUCAAAAUUUUCAUAUAAAUAGAUUUCCAAUAUGUUUUCUUUCACUCUCUUAUAUUCGUGUUCAUUUUUGCAUUUAUAUUGUUGUUCGAAUAUAUAUACUUCCAAAAUGUAUCGUUUACACAAGCAACAUGUUUGUAUAUUAUCAAAUGAUACUAAAUUGAAUC